AUGUUUCCUUUCAUGGGACAAGGCCAUAUCAUCCCUUUUGUAGCUUUAGCCCUUCGUUUAGAGAAGCUUACGAUGAACAGAGACGACGACAAUCAUCUCGACACCACCAUCUCUAUUGUCAACACUCCUUUGAACAUCCCCAGAAUCCGAUCCAAUCUUCCACCAAAAUCCUCCAUACGACUCAUCGAGUUACCUUUCAACAGCUCCGACCACGGCCUCCCUCACGACGGAGAGAAUUUCGAGUCCCUCCCUUACUCUCUCGUCAUCACCCUUCUAGAAGCUUCAAGAACGCUCCGUGAGCCAUUCCGAGACAUGAUGACAAAGAUCUUGAAGGAAGAAAACGAUGGAGAGAGCUCGGUUAUGGUGAUCGGCGAUUUCUUCUUGGGUUGGAUCGGUGAGGUUUGCAAAGAGAUCGGUGUUUCUUCAGCGAUCUUCAGUGCUUCUGGUGCUUUUGGUUUAGGCUGUUACAGAUCCGUAUGGCUUAACUUGCCACACAAACAAACCACACAAGAUCGGUUUCUCUUACAUGAUUUCCAAGAAGCAGGGGAGAUUGAAAAAACUCAGCUGAACUAUUUCAUGUUAGAAGCCGACGGAAGCGAUGAUUGGUCGGUUUUCAUGAAGAAGAAUCUCCCCGGAUGGUCUGAUUUCGACGGAUUCUUGUUCAACACGGUUGCGGAAAUCGACCAGAUCGGAUUAUCCUACUUCCGUAGAAUAACCGGUGGUAAACCGGUUUGGGCGGUCGGACCGGUUUUGCUUCCUCCGGGGGAGAAGACCGGAUCAAGGUCAACGGAGGAAGCUGUGAAGGCAUGGCUCGACUCAAAACCGGAUCAUUCGGUUCUCUACGUAUGUUUUGGUUCCAUGAACUCGAUUUCUCAAACGCAUAUGUUAGAAUUGGCCAAGGCAUUAGAGAGUUGCGAGAAGAACUUCAUAUGGGUCGUGAGGCCACCGACAGGUGUGGAUGUGAAUAAAGAGUUUGAUUUGGAAGAGUUUUUACCGGAAGGGUUUGAGGAGAGAAUCGAGAGAUCAAGAAGAGGAGUGAUUGUCAAGAAAUGGGCACCACAGGUUGAUAUAUUGUCACACAAGGCAACGUGUGUGUUUUUGAGUCAUUGUGGAUGGAACUCGAUACUCGAGUCGCUUAGCCACGGUGUGCCGUUGCUAGGUUGGCCUAUGGCCGGAGAGCAGUUCUUUAACUCGAUGUUGGUAGAGAAACAUAUUGGGGUGUCGGUGGAGGUGGCGCGUGGGAAGAGAUGUGAUAUUAAAUGCGAUGAGAUUGUUGCGAAGAUCAGAUUGGUGAUGGAUGAGGAGAGUGGAGUUGGGAGAGAGAUUAGGAAAAAGGCUAAAGAGGUGAGAGAGUUGGUGAGAGGAGCAAUGGAGGAUGGAGUUACUAAUGGGUCUUCUGUCAUUGGUUUGCAAGAGUUUCUUAAUCAUGCAAUGGUUAAGAAAGUCAAUAAUUAA